CCGUGGCGGAGAUCGAGGCGGAGAUGAUGAAGCAGGAGUCCUCUUCUGGGCCACCUGCAUGCUCAGGUGGCGGCGGGCAAUGUGACCCGGCGCAAGGAGGAGAGUUUGUGGGAGGCACAGCGCAUUGUGACACUGCUCAAGAGAAAGCUUCGGUCAGCCCAGCGGAGAGAGGACGACGAGAAGCAGCGGAAGCAGGGCAGCAUGGAACAGAGGAAGGUGGAGUUGGCGGAGAAGGAGUCAACCUCGGAGGAGUCCCAGCGUGAACACGAGGGUGAGGAGGACACUGCCACAUCCUUCAAGACCAGUGGCACUGCGUUGGUCUCGGAUGACAGCAGCAAGCAGGAGGGGAGUGAGCGAAGCGAGAGAAGUGAGAGGAGUGACAGGGUUGAGAGGGGUGACAGUCUGGGCCAGCAAGACACCACCACCAUCACCACCACCAGUGCCAACACCAAUAAUGUGACAGUGAUGCAGGUGGAAGAUGUUCCGAGUGGGGGUGAGCAGGAGGGUGUGAGUGUGGUGCCUUGCCAUGCCAUCCCCGUGCUGCCCAAGCCAGCCACACACACUGACCGUAGCAAGGUGACACUAAGCAGGGAGCCGUGUGUGGAGGCGGAGGACAGUGUGGAUGUGGCAGAACAGAACCAGGAGGAGGAAGAGACAAAAGUGGAGGAUGAAGUGGAUGAGGGAGUGGUACGAGAGGAAGAUAAGACAGAGGAAAUAGUGGAAGAAGGAUUAGUGAAAGAGGACAAGCCACAAGACACUGUUAAUGUGAGUGCGAGUGUGGAGGAGUUGGCACCACCACCAGCGCCACAUGUGACUGUCAUCAAGGUGGUGCCAGGAACAGUGCCGGGGGGAGCCUCAGUGGUGCCAAGGGAGGGCCAGGGGUCGUCAGUGCCUCCCGUGGCCCAGGGACCUGCUGCACACUGGCCAGAGGUGAAGAGACCCACGGCGGAGGUCCCAUUCCUUGAUGACUCGGGCCUGAAGGCAGACAGCGAGCACCUUGCACUGCUGGCAAAGGAGGCGCUACUGGUGGCGGAGCAUGGGGAACUUCUCUCCAUGAACCACGACUUGAUGCGGAAGCUGCAGGCCGAGCACGCUGAAAUCAAACGGCUCAGGGAGGAGAUACAGGAGAUGCAGACACUCUAUGGAUACAGGACCUACUCCUAUGACAGCAGUGAGAGUGAAGGCAGUGAGAGUGAUGGGGAGAGUGACACAGAGGAGGACAUGCUCAACUGGCUCAGUAUGGUUACCAAAGCCAACAGGGAGCUGCAGGAGGAGAACCACAGCCUGACACAUCGCAUUCAGGAGGAGCGCGAGGCUGUCAUACAGAUGAGAGUGAAGCUGCAGGAGGCCCAGUGGAAGGGGUACUCCCACGACACACCCGUCACCCCCAUCUGCUAGCCCCGCAUGCCCCCUUCCCGCCUCGGCAGUAAGAUGAGUACCUCCUAAAGGGUUACUCUAUAUAGUGGGUGUAGUGUUGAGGUGCUGGGGUGACUGACGGACCUCAUGUGGUAGAGUGGAGAGGUGAUGUGUAACUCCAGCCAAGUGUUUGAAGUGUUUGUCCAGUCCUGGCAUUGGUGAGUGCAAGGAAGUCAACAUAAUGUACUACCAGCCAAGGAACUGUUUUGUUGACUUUUCUGUUAAUCUUGCCUCUACUUCCCUCUCUCUCUUUAUCCCUCUGUUUGGCUGUCUGCCUAUCUUUCUGUCUAUCUAUCUGUUUCCCUUUAAAUUUCUGCCUCUAGGAUUUUAUUUUCUACUCAGUUUUGCCUAUGAAGUUUUACUGUGAAGCCUGGGAAAUUAAUAUUGCCUCCCCCUCCACACACACACACACACACACACACACACACACACACACACACACACACACACACACACACACACACACACACACACACACACACACACACACACACACACACACACACACACACACAUUUUUUUCCUUUCGAUACACUUCUUUUCUUUGUUUAGGAUAAGGUUUUACACUUAGCAGCAUCAGUUGGGGACAAGACUUCUGCCUCAUUUCUUCCCCAAACAUUUACUCAAGCUGUUUUUAUGGCAGAAGCUUAAAGAGAAGUCAUAAUAGGUAAGCUUAUAUAAAGAGCAGGAUUUCUCACUGAAUAUUGUCCUGCUAUCACUUGGAAAAAUAUUUUACUUAAGGUGUCAAACAGGAAUAUGCUUUUAGGUUCCAAGCAGGCUGUUGAUUUCACACUACACUACACAAACUAUAAACUAUAUAUGCCACUAAAGAAAAUACCAGCACUACAUUACAAAGAAUGAAGAAGGUGGAAUCUGUUCUGCUGGCAUUGAUUGUGGGACGUUUGAAUGCUUACUAUGGACUGGUGUGUGGAUAGUGUGGCAGAGUGGUGUGGUGGAGUGGUGUGGCAGUGACAGGCAACACAUUACUUAUAGAAUUGUGGUGGAGGACAUGGGAAGGCUGCAGUCUGUGGAUUAGUGGUGGGGACUGUGGUAGUGUGAUUACAAUACAAGAAGUCCUGUAUUCAGAUAAUGGUCACAACAGGAAUCUCUGUAGGACUGGCCACUCCUCUUGGUGCUGAUCAGAGGCUCAGAACUCUUAAAGGCAGCAGAGAGAGGAACUGGCCACCCUGCUCCAUAUGCCAAGGGUGUGGAAUGGUGAUGCUACCUGCCCUACGCUAAAGCUCUUGAUUGAGUACAGCACACCUUCCCCCAUUGUGAAUAGCAGUGCUUCAGGAAAAGGCUCAGUUGGUGCCAAGACAUGGCAGGGGAAGCACUGUGCUCCUCUCCACUAAUUCUUGAUGAGUACAGCACACCUUUACAUCUUUACAUGGCUGGAAUAACAUGCUCAUCUUGACUUGACCUAGCAGUGCUUCAGGAAAAGGCUCAGUUGGUGUCAAGAUGUGGCAGGGGAAACAUUGUGCUCCUCUCCACUAAUCUUUAAUGCAGAUAAUGACACUCUUGAGUACAGCACACUCUGACAUCUUGACUUAACCUAGCAGUGCUUCAGGAAAAGAUUUAGUUGGUGUCAAGACCUGGUAGGGGAAGCAUUGCGCUCCUCUCUGCUGCAGGCACCAGCACACUGAAACGAACAAGGCCUCAACUUUUUGAUAUAUACUUAUAUUAUAUAUGUACACAGUAUAUUUCUUGUAUUUUGUCACGUCCCACAGACAUAUUUUUUCGCUUGCAACAGAAGUUUUAUCGCCUAAUAUACAUAAUGGUAGUAUAUGAAAGGUAAUCUUUUUUUUUUUUUUUUUUAUGUAUGUAUGUAUGUAUGUAUGUGUGUGUGACCGAAUUUUUCUUUUAAGUAAUGUGUGUUCAAGAGUAUUGAAUGCAGGUGUGUUGAAAAGUAUUGUGGGUAUGUGAAUGUUGCAGGUGUGUGUUACAAGCAUGAUGUGUUCAGGAGUGUUACAGAUGUAUGUUGAAAAGCAUUCUGGGUAUGUGAAUGUUGCAGGUGUGUGUUACAAGCAUAAUGCAUACAAGAGAGUUACAUAUGUGUGUUGGAAGGUACUGUAGGUUAAGUGUUGCAGGUGUGUGUGUGUGUGUGUGUGUGUGUUACAAGCAUGGCAUCGUCAAGUGGUGCCUGGUGAUAGGUAAUCCUAAGUAACGUGUUUUGAAAUCAUUUGUAAGUAAUCUCUUUGGAAGUUGUUGACAUACUCCUUCUCAGUGUAAAUAACUUUGCAUGAAACAAAAACAGAAAUCAAAUAUAUAGCUGACCUCAUAUCAAAAUAAUUAUAAUAUAGAUUUGACAUACUAGAUAGUUACACAUAUUUUAUUAUACACUAUAUUUUAAUUCUCUACCCUCUCAUACUAGUUUAUCCCCCAAAAUAUUUUAACAAAUGACUGAAAAUAUAAUCUCAUUUUUAUCUUAUUUAUGUAACGAUUUAUUGGUUUUCUUGUCUUAGGUCCGCACUAGUUUUCUCUCUCUCUCUCUCUCUCUCUCUCUCUCUCUCUCUCUCUCUCUCUCUCUCUCUCUCUCUCUCUCUCUCUCUCUCUCUCUCUC